AGUGAACUGUUUAAAUCUUCACGGGCGCCAUCUUGUGGAGUCAGUGCAAACUACAGUUUCCGGUGUCCUGCUGUCUGUCCCGGUGGUAGGCCUGUGUGGAAACAAGAUAUUGCAACAAGUCUGUUUUUGAAGUCAGACCUGUUUCACCUGUGGGGUGGGAAAUGAUCGGUCAUCGGUAGCAAAGUAGAUCGACAUCUCAGGUUUACGUCCCAGACUGACCAAAGCCCAGUGAUUGUGUAGAGGAAGACGAUGGCAGAGCAGAGCAGAGUAUCCACGUCUUUGAACAAACACAAUCCUCAGUAAUGAUCCUUAAGCUACAAGUUCCCCAAACAGGAUCAGGAGGGCAGGAGGUGGUUUGCAGUCACAGAUCUCUGCAGCUCUGGAGGUAGAACUACCUGCAGAGAGCAACAGGAAGAGAGACGAGAGAGCACAAAGCUACACGAGAGAGGAUGUUGAGUUAGAAUGAGGCAUUCAUGAGAUGUGAAUAGAUAUAGAUGGAGGAGGAGAGAGGGAGAGAGCUCAGUGCAUCAUGGGAAGUCCCCCAGCAGUCUUGGCCUGUAGCAGCAUAACGAAGGGAUGGUUCAGGCCUUACCCAGUCCUAAAAGAGGUGCAGUGUCUGCCUGCUGGACCCAAAGUGGAUGAAGGGCUGCAUGGUGUCUGACCAUUAAGGGCUUUGUAGUGCUACAGGUUUACCAAGGUGAGUGAUUUGGAAGAAGAGGAGUACAGAGCAGAGUCUGUAUCAUCCAUCUCUGAAUCUAUGGAGAGUGACCAGACCAGAGAAGACCCUCCAGGUUUCAGUAAUGAACCUCAACCCCCAGACACAGAAGAGGGGAAGAGGAGUGAUGUUUCUGUGGAGCAGCAGCUGUCCUGCUGUGCCUUGUGCCAGGAUGUCCUGAAGGAUCCAGUCUCUACCAGCUGUGGACACUGGUUCUGCAGACAGUGCAUCACCUCAUACUGGGACCAGUCUGGUCCAUCAGGAGACUCCUCCUGUCCCCAGUGUGGACAAAGAUCCAGAACAAGACCUGGACUGCAGACAGCCAGUCAGACCAGCACUGUACAAACAGAUAGUGGUCUGCAGGAGGUUUUAGAUGAACAUAAGAUCAGUCUGAGGAGGAGAUGUGAACGUGUGACUGAAGGAACUGAUGGAACAGGAAGUAGAACCCUCCUCAACAGGAUCUACACUGAGCUCUACAUCACAGAGGGACAGAGUGAAGAGGUUAAUACCCAACAUGAGGUGAGGCAGCUGGAGACAGCUUCCAAGAAGAAGACCCUCCAUGACACUCCAAUCAGGUGCCAGGACAUCUUUAAAGCCUUACCUGACCAACAGAGACUCAUCAGAGUGGUUCUGACCAACGGCGUUGCUGGUGUUGGAAAAACCUUCUCAGUGCAGAAGUUCACUCUGGACUGGGCAGAGGGCUUGGAAAACCAAGAUGUCAGUCUGCUGGUUCUGCUUUCGUUCAGGGAGCUGAACCUGAUCAGAGAUGAGCAGUACAGUCUUCUCACGCUGCUCCAUGUUUUCCAUCCAACAUUACAGAAGGUCACAGCAGAGAAGCUGGCUGUCUGUAAAGUUCUGUUCAUCUUUGACGGCCUGGAUGAAAGCAGACUUUCACUGGAUUUCAACAACUGGAAGGUUGUGUCUGACGUCACACAGAAGUCAUCGGUCAACGAGCUGCUGACAAACCUCAUCCAGGGGAAUCUGCUUCCCUCGGCUCUGGUCUGGAUAACUUCCAGACCUGCAGCGGCCAAUCAGAUCCCUCCUUCAUGUGUUGACAGGGUAACAGAAGUACGAGGCUUCACUGACCCACAGAAGGAGGAGUACUUCAGGAGGAGAUCCAGUGAUGAAGAGCUGUCCAACAGAACCAUCUCACACAUCAAGACCUCCAGGAGCCUCCACAUCAUGUGUCAAAUCCCAGUCUUCUGCUGGAUCGCUGCUACAGUUCUGGAGCACAUGUUGACUACAGAGCAGAGAGGAGAGCUGCCCAAGACCAUGACUGACCUGUUCUCACACUUCCUGCUGGUUCAGACAAAGAGGAAGAAGAACAAGUACGAUGAGGGACAUGAGACGAGUCGACAGGAGCUGACGGAGGCUGACAGGGAAGUUCUUCUGAAGCUGGGGAGGCUGGCGUUUGAACAACUGGAGAAAGGAAACAUCAUGUUCUACCAAGAAGACCUGGAGCAUUGUGGUCUUGAUGUGACAGAGGCCUUGGUGUACUCAGGAGUUUGUACAGAGAUCUUCAAAAGAGAGAGUGUGAUCUUCCAGAAAACAGUCUACUGCUUUGUUCAUCUGAGCGUUCAGGAGUUUCUGGCUGCAGUCUACAUGUUCCACUGUUUCACCAACAGGAAGACACAGGUAAUGAAGGAUUUUGGAUGGAAUCAAGAUGAGGAACAUGAUGAGAGUGACUUGUCAUCCCCAGAAGAUGAAAAUGAAGAUGAUGAUGAUGAUGAUGAUGAUGAUGAUGGUCAAUAUUCUGAUAGUGACAGUGACCCAUCUCUGGAUGUCUUCCUGAGGAGAGCCAUUAAGAAAUCUCUUCAAAGUAAAAAUGGCCACCUGGACCUGUUUGUUCGCUUCCUUCAUGGCCUCUCUCUGGAAUCCAACCAGAGACUCUUAGGAGGUCUGCUGGGUCAGACGGAGAACAGUCCAGAAAUCAUCCAGAGAGCCAUCAACAACCUGAAGGACAUAAGAAUGCACCGUAUCUCUCCAGAUAGGAACAUCAACAUCUUCCACUGUCUGAUGGAGAUGAACGACCACUCAGUCCAUCAGGAGAUCCAAGAGUUCCUGAAGUCAGAGAACAGAUCAGAGAAGUUCCUCUCUGAGAUCCACUGCUCAGCUCUGGCCUACAUGCUGCAGAUGUCAGAGGAGGUUCUGGAUGAGCUGGACCUGGACAAGUACAAUACGUCAGCGGCGGGACGACGGAGACUGAUCCCAGCUGUGAGGAACUGCAGAAAGGCUCGAUUCAAUAACUGUGGACUCUUAGAGAUUCACUGUGAAGUUGUGGCCUCAGCUCUGAAGUCCAACCCCUCCCAUCUGACAGAACUGGACCUGAGUGACAACUGGUUCCUAGAGGAUUCAGGAGUAAAGAUACUGUCCUGUGGACUGGAGAGUCCAAACUGUAGACUGGAGACUCUUAGACUGAGGUACUGCAGGUUGACGUGGAUCAGCUGUGCUCUUCUGAUCUUAGCUCUGAAGUCCAACCCCUCCCAUCUGAGAGAACUGGACUUGAGCUACAACGACCUGUAUGAUUCAGGAGUGAAGGAGCUGUGUGGUUUUCUGCAGAGUCCAGACUGUAGACUGGAGACUCUGGGAUUGAGGUGCUGCUGGUUGUCAGCGAUCAGUUGUGCUUCCCUGGUCUCAGCUCUGAAGUCCAACCCCUCCCAUCUGAGAGAACUGGACCUGAGUAGAAAUGAAAAGCUGCAGGAUUCAGGAGUAAAGGAGCUGUGUGGUUUUCUGCAGAGUCCAGACUGUAGACUGGAGACUCUGAGGUUGAUGAACUGCAGUUUGUCAGAGAUCAGCUGUUCUUCUCUGGUCUCAGCUCUGAAGUCCAACCCCUCCCAUCUGAAAGGACUGGAGAUGAGUCUCAACAAGCUGCAGGAUUCAGGAGUGAAGGAGCUGUGUGGUUUUCUGCAGAGUCCAGACUGUAGACUGGAGACUCUGAGGUUGAUGGACUGCAGUUUUUCAGGGAUCAGCUGUUCUUCUCUGGCCUCAGCUCUGAGGUCCAACCCCUCCCAUUUGAGAGAACUGGACCUGAGUAGAAAUGAAAAGCUGCAGGAUUCAGACAUGAAGGAGCUGUGUGAUCUUCUGGAGAGUCCAGACUGUAGACUGGAGACUCUGAGGGUCGACGGCAGGGAGAUUAAAGCUUCCAAAGACAAAACCUGUCACUCUGUCAAACUGGACCCAAACACAGCAGAUGCAAAGCCAGAUGUUUCUGAGGACGACACAAAGAAGCUGGAUGUGUCUGAGAAUGACAUGAAAAAGCCAGAUGUGUCUGAGAACGACAUGAACCUGAUGAAGCCUCCAUCAAGCUUCACACCUGAGCUGCAAACUGAAUCUGCACGAGUCUCAUACAGGUUCAGGUGUCCUGGUCCAGGUGGGUUCCAGUGUACUUCAACUGGACUGGUGUUUGUUGUGGAUAAGGAGGCGGAGCUGCUCUACAGGACCGUCCAAUGGGACAACAGCCUCCUCCAAACAGCUGGCAAGACACCUGCUGGGCCACUGUUCAAUAUCCAGUGUCCUGAGGCUGCUGUCUGUGAGCUCCACCUCCCACACUGUGAAACUAAGGAUGCUCUGAUCCAUGAAGGCCUGCUGUUGGUCAUCCACGUCACUGAGGAUGGAAUGAGCUUCCUCAACCCGCUGGAGAUCACAGACACUCAUGUGAUCGUCAAAGUCCCUCAUCUCUCCUCCUUCGGCCUCGUCUGGGUUUCAGAGAUGUUGGGGAGGUUAUGGAACUACAUGAAACCAGUUAGCGGCCAUGUUUUCUUGUUCCUCCGACCACCAAACCCCAAAACACAGAAGCAAAACCUCAAUGUGUUUCUCCUGCCGAGCAACGUCCCCCUGCAAGAGGUGAGGACAAAACAGCAAAAUUCUCUGUUCAUCGAGGUGCCUUCCUAUUGCAGACUCAUCAUAAAUCACAGUUACACUGUUCACUGUGUGAAGGCCCAUAAAGUACAGCCUAAGAAAAUAGAGUUUGACCUGGAUGUUGGACCAAAUUACCUCCCAACGUUUCAGAUCCGCCUGCCGACAAACAUAGAGGAAGCGACCGUCACAGUCCGAGACCAAACAGAUACAGAUGUCUGGGAGAGUGAAGUUGACGUGUCUGGUCAGGCAGACAUGAGUGUCCCAGCAGCAGCAGGGACUCUGAGCGUCCCAGCAGCAGCAGGGACUCUGAGUGUCCCAGCAGCAGCAGCAGGGACUCUGAGCGUCCCAGCAGCAGCAGGGAUUCUGAGCGUCCCAGCAGAAAAGAUGCUGAAGUCUGUUCGGACUCAGUUUAUCAGCAGAGUUUCUGAACCUGUUCUACAGAAGCUGCUGGAUAAACUCCUGGAGCGUGGGGUGAUAACUGAUGAUGAGAUGGAUUUAUCAGGAACAGCGAGCAGGGCAGACAAAGCUCGAGUGGUGAUGGACACGGUGCGAAGAAAAGGAUCAGAGGCCAGUUUAGCUCUGAUCUCUGCUCUCUGUGAGGAGGAUCGAUGCCUUUCAGCAGAGCUGAACUUAACGUGAAGCAGGAGCAGAGUAUCAGACUGUUUCUGUCUGACACCAACACAUCUGUAAUUCUUCAGUUUAUCCGUUUAACUUUUUCUCUGUUUUUUAUGAGUGAAUCAGGGUAACUGGACUGUGCUGUUUCACAUGAUAAAUUCAGUAUAAUGUAUAUUUCCACAGCUCUGGUUACAUCAGUGUUAUGUCAGAGACAAGGUUUAAUGUAGAGGUGAACCCUGUGUUCUCUCUGCUGGAAAUGGAAAUCUAUCCUGCUGUGAUCCAUUGAAGACUUGUAUAUUGAGCCAAAUGUACGUGUACAGUUACUUAAUGUGUUUGCUACUGGAGCUUUAAUUACAUUUUUUUUGUCUCAAAUCA